ACGCCCCGCCCCCAGCGCGGUGCGGAGUAGGAAGUGGCCGGUAACCUUCACUCGGGGCCGGGAUCAGCGGAGGAGAAGAUCGGGAGGCGCAAGGAGCGGCCAUGGUGCUGGUAAAAGAGUUCCGAGUUGUGUUGCCUGUUUCCGUGGAGGAGUACCAAGUGGGCCAGCUCUACUCGGUAGCAGAAGCCAGUAAGAAUGAAACAGGAGGAGGCGAAGGCGUGGAAGUACUUGUAAAUGAGCCUUAUGAGAAGGAUGGGGAGAAAGGACAGUAUACACACAAGAUUUACCAUUUACAAAGCAAAGUACCAGCAUUUGUAAGGAUUCUGGCGCCUGAAGGAGCGCUGAAUAUGCACGAGAAGGCCUGGAAUGCCUACCCCUACUGCAGGACCGUUAUUACAAAUGAAUACAUGAAGGAUGACUUCUUGAUUAAGAUUGAGACGUGGCACAAGCCGGAUCUGGGCACACAAGACAAUGUACAUAAACUAGAACCAAAUGAAUGGAAGAAUGUGGAAGUUGUUCAAAUUGAUAUUGCAGACAGAUCUCAGGUUCUCUCUAAGGAUUAUAAACCAGAGGAAGACCCAGCAAAAUUUAAGUCUGUCAAGACUGGACGUGGACCCCUCACUCCUGAUUGGAAGAAAACACUGGCGCAACGAAAAGACAUACCCCAUAUGUGUGCAUACAAGCUAGUGACCGUCAAGUUCAAAUGGUGGGGCUUGCAGAACAAAGUGGAAAACUUCAUCCAAAAGCAAGAGAGGCGGUUGUUUACAAAUUUCCAUCGGCAGCUUUUCUGCUGGUUGGACAAGUGGGUGGAGUUAACAAUGGAUGACAUUCGCAGGAUGGAGGAGGAAACCAAGAAAGCGCUCGAUGAGAUGAGAGAGAGAGAUCCAGUAAAAGGCAUGGUGGCAGCAGAUGACUAGCACAGAAGUAUUGCGUUUAUUUUGAACUGAAGUGAUGGACAGAAUUAUCCUGUACUCCGGUCCUGAUGAAUAGCUCACUUCUAGAUCAAGUCCACUACCUGUUUUUGCAAAAGAUUUUACCCCCCCCCCCUCCCCCUCCCCCUCCCCCUCCCAUGUAGUUAGGCACCCUGUAAUAUUGUGAGCUAGUAGCGCUAUAACAAGCAAACACUAUGAUUAUCAUACCUGCGUGAUGAAGGAGCUCACUCCUCAGGUGCAUUGUGUAUAUAAUGUAUUAACAAAGCCCUCUGCUCUUAUAUUUUCAUGGUCCCCAGAGUCUACUGAGCUUCUCUUUAAUUUAAAUGUCACUUUUAGAAAGAGAAAAAAAAAUUAUGUCUUGUGAUAAUUGUGAAUUGCAGAUGGUUCUGUUUUACUUAUUUGAGACGAUGAUCUUAUUUUGUCGGGGUACCAGUACAGUUGGUGCCACAAUCCCAUUCUACCUGCAGGACAUCUAAAGCUCUGUAUGAAAUGAAGACCUCCGUAGCAGAAGUAUCCUUUCUGCUUCAGAUUUUUCAGACUCUGUUGCUUUUUGUCACAAUUUACAAUGAUGUAAAUAAUUGCAAACCUGAUGCUUUGUUAUGGUAAGACAAUCCAAUUUCCCAACAUGUUCCGGUCUUGACAUGCCAAGUGUUCCUGCGUUGUAAGCGUGCUGCCCAACAACAUCUCCCAAUGUGGUCUCCAAAAAUGAUGACGAUUCCGUGUAAUUAAGAUAUCAUAACCUAUUUUCCUAAGAGAUAAUCAUGUACUGUACAUACAAUUCCAAAAAAACCUCUUCCCACUGAUGGCUACUGCCUCACAGAGCUAGCAGAACAUGCUGGGAUUUGUAGUUGGACAAAACGUACACAGCCACAGGUUUAAAUGUUUUUUAAGCAACCAACAGUUGUGCAAUAACCCGGAUCCGUGUUGUAUUUUCCGAAGCUUGACUAUUUAAGUUUCUGUCCCUAUCCCUAAUGAUGUCUGCAUUUUGUUUCCAAAUUUGAAGAGGUAAAUGUUAUAAUGGGUGCAGAUUGGUCCUGGAAGAGUUAACUAGAUGCUUUAUGUAAAAAGUAGAACAGUUUGAAAACGGUAUUACUGAAGAAGAGACAAUAAAAUAUGCUUAUUUUAUUAUAUAUCACAAGUGGUUGAAGAAGAUUGCUUCUGUAAGACCCAACACCUCACUCCUGGUCUUUUAGCCAUCCGUUUUUAUUAUCUAAAAUUUAUGAACUGGUAAACGCAUUGGGUGUCGACUCAUUGGGGUUGUGUAUCAAUUGCGUCAUUUGACCAAGAUGUAAGCGGGAAUUUAUCACAUCCUGUACUCCAGAAUUCCCAAAUUGCAUUUUUUUUUUACACUACAAGUUUUGAUAACGAGGCAUGGUUAGAUAUGGUAAUUCUUUUCACUCCAAAUUUAUUACAGCACUUUAAAAAAAAAAAAAAAGACACAAAAAAGGUUGCAAACUCGCCAUAGCAGGGGGUGGUGUAAAAAAAUAAAAUAAAUAGCAAGUGUUAUGCUAAAGGAUAAAUUGGGUGCAAAGUACACCAAUGCAGACUGAAGCAAAACUGACUUUAAAGGGGUUGCGCAAUGCCAUAAUAUUUAUGACCUAGCCUCAAGAUAGGUCAUCAAUAUCAAAUCGGCACACCUCGCCGAUCAGCUGUUUGAAGAUUGUGGCGCUCAUGUGAGCACUGUGCCCCCGCCAACAUUUUCUUGUAUGCCGUCUCCCUUGUAGCGAAGGUGCAGUGUAAUUACAGCUUCCUCUCCCAAUAACAUGAAUGAGAUGAGCACUUGUAGGUACACUGCACCGCUGCUAUAAGGGAGAAGGCAUGCAGGUCAAUAUUGAAGAGGACCCCAUGAAACAGCUGAUCGGCAGGGGUGCCAGGAGUUGGAACGCCAAUCUAAUAUUAAUGACCUAUCCCGAGGAUAAUCAAAAAAAAUUAAAUGACUGCCGGAUAUCCCUCAAUGGUUCUUUUAUUUGAUCAAUCCAACAAAUACAAAAAAUGCAACGUUUCGGCUAAAUCAUAGCCUUUCUCAAUCACGCUUGAUGCUUAUGAGGAUCUCAUAUAGCCAAAAUGUGUUGUUUUUUUUUACAUGUUGGAUUGAUCAAAUAAAAGAAGCAAUUGAGGAAGUUGCUUACGUCGUUUGAAUUUUUUAAGUUUAUUGCAUGCCAUAUGUGGAUCCAUCGGUGGUACAAUUUGUUGUACUCCUGAUGGGAAACGGUGAGAGACAUUAAUGCUCCUUGUAGAAUUUUUUUGUGAUACUGUCAUUAGGAUAAGUCAUAAGUAUUUUGCCAUUGCACAACCCCUUUAAAUCCCUACCCACCCCUACCCACCCAGAUUGAUACAUGAGCCCCAUUGAAUCACACAAAUUAUUUGGUAGAUCUGCAGGAUGAAAAAACGUUGGUGUCUUUCUUUGAAGGAGCUUUCCUUGAUAACACAGUUGCUCUCUAUGGCCCCAAUUUUGGACUACUUGGCUCUUCCUUCUGCCGUCGGAUACCAUGGUUCUCCCCCAUUACUUCUUUGCUCCAAUGUAUUAAGACGUGUUGCAGCAUGAAGACAGCAUCAAAUUACACCCUUUUUACAUCGUGUUAAUAAAGACUACUCCUCAGAAGAAAGGGUUACUAUUGACCUCCAUAUUCGCGUCAUGUCUUCACGGACAACAUGUUACAAUACAGGAAAUGACAGUGGGGUGAUCAAGGAGAUUAGGAGUGCAAGAAUAGGAGAAAAUGAGUUACGUAAGGCUAUGUUCACAUUGGGGAUUAAAAUCCAAUAUGUAUUUCGAGUGCUAGAAAUUUGACCCUUCAAUGCCAUGGAUCUGCACAAGGUUUAGCCCCAUUGCUAUUCAGUGGAGCUAAACCUCGCGCUUUGACCCAAAUUUCCGCAUAGAAAAAUAAUGGCAGCAUAAAAAAAAAAAAAAAUUGCAUUUUGGGGUCAUGGAGAGCAAUGGAAAUGGUAGCCAUAGUUUACAAACAUCCACUUCUUACCAUCUUCAUCACCAGUUCCUAGAAGACAAGAUGGCGGGCCAGACAGUAUGGUUUCUAGUAAAUGUAUGUUUAAUCAUGAUGGUUUUAAUAACUGUACAUAGUGAAAUAAUGUGUUCCAUGUGUGUGGAUGUGAUAAGGUACUCGUACAGACCCACGCAGCAAAAGAGCAACAGACACCCGCACUUAUUUAACAACCAGCAGAUGUUCGAUAACUCCUCACCAGAUAUAGGAUCUAUUUUUGUGAAAUGUUAUAAUUUAUAGAUAUUUACAUGCUAUUAGCUAUGAAAAAAAAUUAAAAUAUCCACAUUUACCUCAGACAACUAUUCUCAUUGCCCGGCAGUCGUAGCACUGGUUUGCCUGUUUUUCUCUUUGGUUGACAGGAAAGCAGCUGCCUUUUAUUGCGUAUGGUAAAAAAUCGAAAUAUGUUCUGUUCUGGUAACGAGUCUCUGGAAGGGGUGAACCUGUUUCUUCCAUUGCCCCACUUAACAAGCAAUAACACAAACCACAAUUUUUUUGGGCAAAAAUGUGGGGCAUAAUUUUAUUAAUGCAGAUUAUUAAGCAAAACAUCAGGGAGCCUUACACAACUCGCGACAUUUCCUCUGAAUGAUCAGCCGGGCCAUUCCCUGCUGACGAAAAUUCUCACAAAAACGCCCUCUUAACCGGCCGCCUAUUUAUGCAACUAAACCCAGCUUCUUUUACACACCUUUCACAAUUCCCUCCAUACUUCUCUUCCCAACGUAACUCUCCCCUCUUUAACAAAGACCCUCCAACUCACAUCCUCUCCCUACCAUGACUCUAUCCCAAAUCCCCUAAUUAUACCCACUUAUCCUAGCAAAAGCCCAUGUUAAAGACGAACUACCGUGGGUCGUAGAGACCCCAUUUAUAGCUUAUUUGGAGUUACUACAUUUGUUGCUCUCUUUCUAGAUAUGUAACUGUCAUGCACUGGUGUCAAAUGGCAUCAGAACCUGCUAAAUCGCCAGUGGAUUUACCUUAGCAAGCAUGGAGUUGACUGCUUCAGUGAUCAAGGUCUGUGAUUUAAACAAGUGCCGGCUAGCUUUUCCAAGAAGGUGCUUCCAUCUUCUACUGCACAUGCUCUGAUAGUGUUCAGCGCAGGAGCAGAUACAGAACAUCCAGUGUAGUGAUGGACACUUUCAGCACAUGCCCAGAAGAAGACAGAAGCUCCAUCUUGGAAAGACUAUGGACUUGUUUACAUCGCUAUCCAUGAGCACCAGGGAGGCAACCCCAUGCAGGCCAAGGUAAGUCUAGAGUUCUUUUAGUAGGUCUUAUGCCAUUACACACUAGUGUGUGGCAUUACUGAAAUUUAUGUACAGAGUGGACCCACUUGAGGAUGUGUUCUUGGGGAAUAAAAGAUACAUUUUUAUUGGGGUGGGGAGGGGGGUUUUGUCAACCCCUAACCAAAAUAUGCAGCAAUACAGGUGGCCUGGCAGCCCCCACCCUUCACCAGAGGAAUGAGGUCAAUAGCUGCAACAGAAACAUAUUUUAUCUUGGGUCUAAGGGCAAUUCUAGUUUCAAAAUCCAGCUCUACUCAAGCAUACACCUCACACCUAUAGUAUAUGGCUUACCCACAAUCUCCAAGCUAGCUGAGAUAUCUUCUACCUACAAGGGCUCUGCUUCCUGCUAUGAUGGUGACUGGUUGCAUGACGGCAAUGGGGAAAUAGUUAAAAUCAUUCACUUCAGAUUAUCAAGCUGUAAAUGGUUUGAUUCUUGCACGGAUGGUGCUGGCAAAUAUUUUUUUUUUUUUUAGCUCUGUUUCUUUUUUCAUAUAUUCUGAUUCACGUUUCGAACAAGCAAUGUAAGUUACCUAGAUACAGUCCACGCAGCCAACAUAAUGCAGCUUAUUAAUUUACUUGCUUAUAGACAAGCAAAAUGGCUGUUGAUCCAGCCCACCAAGCAGAUGGUCCCACCAUCUGGGCGGAAAAGACACUAUUCACUGUAUUUGCUGGUCUGCCAUGAUACACUGCUGCUUUUGCUUUUCAAGAACCGGUCCAAUCUUUCCUGACAAUAGAAGUGAAUGAAAACCUCACACUUGAUAUUCUCAAUUGAAACUGCUGCUUUCUUGUCCUGUUAUACUUUGAGUAAAACCUUUCUGAUCUUCAGACAGAUUCUGAUUGUUUGAUAACAUUUCUUUUUGGAAUAAGUACUAUUUGUAGAUUUGACUAGACUAUUACUGUUGUUUCUUUUAUGUGAGUUUGUGCCUUUUUUGUCUAAUAUUCCAAUGCAGGUAUAUUGGAAAUAAAUAUUCUAGAAGAAG